CGCGUGGGCGGGGCAGAGGCGGCGGCGGCGGCGGCUGCUGUUGUUUCUCCUGUCGCCGUGGCAGCUGGAGGCUGCGGCGAGCUUGGGGCACCGGGGAAGCUUUUAGGGACCCUUGCAGAGGCCUGCUCUUUCCUCCUCUCUGGAACCGGAUCUUGAUGUUUCUCCAGCCACUUGAAAAGAGCUUAUAAUGGCAAAAGACAUCCUAGGAGAGGCAGGUCUCCACUUUGACGAGCUGAACAAACUGAGGGUUUUGGAUCCAGAGGUGGCCCAACAAACCACAGAGCUGAAAGAGGAAUGCAGACUGUUUGUAGACAAAAUUGCAGAAUUUAAAAAAAUAGUGGGCAACCUGAUUGAACUUGUAGAUCAGCUAGCAAAAGCCACAGAAAAUGAGAAGAUUAAGGCAAUCGGGGCCCGUAACUUACUGAAGUCCAUAGCAAAGCAAAGAGAGGCCCAACAGCAACAACUCCAAGCAUUAAUCACCGAGAAGAAGACGCAGUUGGAAAGGUACCGAGUGGAGUAUCAAACACUGUGCAAAAUAGAAGCGGACCAGAAUGAAUUCAUCGACCAAUUUAUCUUCCAGAAGUAGACCAAGAAUUGACGGCAAUCGAUGGACCAAGAGAACUUGACCGAUUCCUGUUGUUCCAGAACAGGCAAUUUGGACAGGCUGUGAAAGCAUCGACUGAAGACAUACCUUGCAAGAUCUCCAUUCCAGAGAGUUUUCAUUUUCCCCAUGCAACCUGCCCUGUGGGGGGGGGGGGGG